CAAGUCGUCAUCCUGUGUCAACCACACUGAACUUGCUGUUAAUUAGCCUUGUAUAAUACCUAGUGGGAGUAUUGUUAAGCCACAAGUUGUAUCUUUUCUAGUGUGCUCCACAGUUUUAACUAGUAAAACCACACUCUAAAAUGGGCUCAUGUCAUCAUGUAGCAUUCUGAUGCAAUUAGCUGUUUCUUGCACUGCACAUGUGUGUAUGCAUGCAUCCUAGUUAGACUUAGACCAAGCCCAAUGUGAGGCAGAUUACUCCUAGUCCUAGCCAUCUCUCCCUAUAAAAGAGGCUCAAAGCUACAUUGAUCUAUGCUGCCAUCUUAAUCCUUCACGGAAAAUACAUUUGUGAAGAAUAUCAAGAACAGAACGAACGAUCUUCUUGCUCUGCAUACACAGAACAAUCUGAAAUGGCAGGAGGACCGUACGUGACUCCCCCGCCGCCGCUUCCGCCGACAGGCUACGACGACUACGACACGCCGCCGCAUUCCCCGUCGCCGACAACGCACGUCAAGGUCAUCGUCAUCGUCGUCCCGAUCGUCGGCGUCGUGUGCCUCGGCCUGCUGGCGGCCCUGCUGUGCGUCCUCUUCAUCAGGCGGCGCCGGUCGUGCCCGGACGUGGCGGAGGAGGAGGUGGAAGAGGUGGAGGACGUGAAGGUGAAGGUCACGGAGCACGUCCGUAUCGUGGAGGGGGUCGUCGGCGAGGUCGAAGCGUACAAGGCCGGCGACGCGGGCUGCGGCGUCGUGGAGGAGGCCGGGGCGGCCGCCGGGAUCGUCGUCGAGGAUGACGUCAAGGUGGAGGAGCACGUCGUCACGUUCACCGAGGCGUCGAAGCGAGAGCGAGAGUGAUCAUGAAUGGUUGGCCGGCCGGCCGUGUGCAUAUCAUCAGCAUCGUGUACACGUGUUUGAUGCGAAGUUUUUAGUAUUU